AUGGGCUGCCCCAUGUCCCGCGGGCUGCCCGAAGAGGUGGCGGCGGACCUGCUGGGCAGGCUGGACGACGCCGCGGUGUUGAGGCUGGCGUCGCGGCUGCUGGAGCUCGGCCUGGCGAGGCUGGAGAGAUCGGGCGCCGCGGCGCCGGGCUCCGCGGAGGGCGGCGGCACCCCCGGCGGGCCCGCGGCCGAGGCUGCCCCGUGCGCGCCCCCGUGCGCGGCGCCGUGCGUGGCGCUGCCCCGGAGCGCCGCGCCGCCGCUGCGGGGCGUGGCGGCGCUGCUCCCCGCGGGCACUUGGUGCACGCAGUGCAGUCCCUUCUUGGCGGACGGGUCGGUCGAGUGCCUCUCGCGGGAAAGCCCCCUGGCGGCUCGGAAGCGGGCGGGGGAGGCUGUCGAGAUGUGCCCCACGACUUUCAUCAUGACGCACCUGCCGGCGUCGCUGUCGCACCAGGAGGUCGCGAGAGCGUGGCUCGACGGCAAGGGCUUCAGUGGGGAGUACGACUUCUUCUUCUUCUGGUCCUUCCCUGGAAAGGAGCUGGGCCAAGGGCUCGGGUAUUUCAUCGUCAACUUCAAGAACGUCGCGGCGGGCCAAAGGUUCAAAGACGACCUCGACGGUCAGCAGAUUGACGCUUCGGGGACGCGCCUCAACGUGGUUGCCGCGCGGAAGCAGGUGAUCGACGACCUCCGGCUGCAUUUCGGCGAUCUCCGGCAAUUUUGGUGGGAGACUCCACCCGCCUAA